AUGAUUAAUAAUGUCUUUUACGUUAUCUUAGUGUUUUCAUUUUUUCUGUUAAUAAUUAAGUGUGAAUAUAUUAACAAUGAGAAGAAGGAAGUGGUUUUCGAAACGGACCACCUCGAAAGGGGGGGACACUAUGAGCAGAAGGAUGAGAAUCUAGAAGGCAACUACACCAGUCAUGUAACGUUUGGAGGCAGCACCGAGGGGGGGGAUGUAGGCAUGCAGCUGCAGGUAGUUGUACCCAGAGGGGAGGAGCAGGACGAGGAGGGAGUUGAGGCAGGUAUAGCCCCCUCUGUGCAAGGAUCCCUAGAGAGCAGCGACGCUAAGGAGAGUGAACCGAAGGUAGAUGGCCACGUAGGCGUGGAAGAGGUUGCUGAUGGUAAGACCGCCAAUGGGAGCAGUGUCGUCCAGAAUGGAGAAUCGGCUCAAGGUAACGUCUCCAUAAUGGAAGAAUCCACAGUGAAUAACCCCGUCAAAGGGAGUGAACCAAAGGGAGAUAUGGACGUUGGCGUGGAAGAGGCUGCCUCGAGUGAUGUCAUCAAAGAAACUGAAUCGGAGUCUGACAGCAUCGCCGUAGUGGAUGAACCCGCUGCGGUAGAACCCAUUGAGGUAGAUCCCAUUGAGGUAGAUCCCAUUGCGGUAGAACCCACUGCGGUAGAACCCAUUGCGGUAGAACUUAUCGCUAAUGACUCUACCAAGGGGGAUGAAUUGAAGGCAGGGAGCGUCGUCGCCGUGGAGGAGGAGAAGACUACAGAUAGUGACGUUGUCACUGCGGGGAACACCACCAAGGAGAGUGAACCCGUUGCGGAUAGCGCCGCCUUCGUGGAAGAGGAAGCUGCUAGUAGCACCACCAAGGAGAGUGAACCCGUUGCGGAUAGCGCCGCCUUCGUGGAAGAGGAAGCUGCUAGUUAUGCCGCCAAGGAAAGUGAACCAAAGGCAGUUAGUGUCAUCGUCAUGGAAGAGACAACUGCUAGUAACGCCAGCAAGGAGAUUGAAUCAAAGGCAGAUAACGUCGCCAUAGUGGAUGAAUCCAUAGUGAGCGUCGCCACCGAGGAACAACCCUCUAUGAGUAGCGCCGGCAAGGAAAGUGAACCCCAGGCAGAUAGCACCACGAUGAUAGAAGAACCCGUUGCAAAUGACACCACGAUGAUAGAAGAGCCCAUUGCAAAUGACACCACGAUGAUAGAAGAACCCGUUGCAAAUGACUCCACGAUGAUAGAAGAACCCGUUGCAAAUGACACCACGAUGACAGAAGAACCCAUUGUGAGCAGCUUCGUUGAGGGCGAACUGAACCAAGGUGGGGUUGUCAUCGUGGAAGAGGCAGCUUCUAGUAGGGCUGCCGAGGAGAGUGAACCCAAGACAGCUAGCACUUCCACAGUGGAGGAGUCCAGUGUGGGCAGUCCCGUUAAGGAGGACGAAUCGAACCAAGAUGGGAUUUCCACUGUGAAGGAGGUCGCCCCUGAUAGAAGCGUCCCAGAUGGUGACCCCCCCCCUGAGAGAAGCAUCCCACAGGGUGCCCCCCCCCCUGAGAGAAGCGCGGCAAGCGGGAGAAAGCAAUUCCUGAUGGAGUUCCAAGAGAGAGUAAACCACUACGAUGAAGUUAUGGACGAAAUAAUAUUAAAAAGCCUAAACAGAGAGAAUUAUAAUUACUUUAAUAUGUUAGACGAGUACGCAAUGAAAACAAAAAUGAGUGAAAAAAUGUACAAGGGGAUGAGAUAUAUAAUAAAGGUGAUCAUAGGAAGUACGGUAGUAACUCCAUCGUAUAAAGAGAAGAAAAAAUCGUUUAAUUACGAGAUUGAGGAAAGUACAUUUAAGCGUCAUUUCGUAAUGUCUCUGUUUAGAUGGUACAAGAAUUUUAAGCUAGUAGAAUCACAUUUCGACAAGGCAAAUUACGUCUACUACGUGGGUGAUGAUGAAGAUGAACGUGUGUACUCUUAUAGGUAUACCUACAGACUCGUAUUGAAUUUGCUAAGUUCAGAAACGUUUCCAUUUUAUUUAGAUCUAAAUAGAUUUACCUUGCUGGAUAUACUGGACAAUUAUAAUAAGUAUAACUUUAAGCUAAACAACAGCACGAGGUAUUACCCGUUCCACAUGUACAGUUGUAAAACAUUCAGGGAUUUCGUGGCGGAUUAUUUCGAGUUUUAUAACCAUCGCUACUUUGAGAAGCACAAGCAUUUGAUUGCAGAGGAGGUCUACUAUAAUGGAAUAAAAAAGAAUGGCAAUAAGUUGUUUACGCAGUUGAGCAGGUUGAAUCCGAACUUUGAAUUUCUGGUAAACCUGCUGAAUGACCUCUACAAUGAGUACUACAAGGAGGGGGUGAAGCGCGGUAGGAAGAAGGGAUCCCACGAGGAGUUGAGUUCAGGUAUCAGCGACCCCUCUGUGGAGCGGCAACCUGAGGGGGAGAAGACGGAGUGGAAAGAAAUGACACCUCUCCAUGACGCUUCUUCCGCGGAAUGGAGCGGUCCGUCCGGGGAUGGUGCGGGCGCGGCCAGUGAAACCGUCGGCGUGGAGGACACCCUGGAAAAGGUGCAGGAAAGAGAGUCCACCGUUGGCCAGCGCGACGGAAAGGAACCCACCAUUGGCAAGCAGGGCGGAAAGGAACCCACCAUUGGAAAGGGUGACGGAAGCGAGCCUACCACUGGCCAGCGCGACGGAAAUGAGCCUACCACUGGCCAGCGCGACGGAAAGGAACCCACCGUCGGCAAGGGUGACGACCCCCUGAGCAACGAAAUGUGGAAAGACCUACUCGAGUCGUACAAGGACGCCCCGAAGCCAGAAGACCUGAAGAAAUACAACCAAUAUAUUUUGAAAAAUCUGAACAAAAUAUUAAAAUUCACCUCGCAGAAGGAAAAGCAACAAAUGGGAGAUUAUAAAAAUAAAUACGAACUGAAAGAUGGGUUCAUUGUCAACGUCGUUACGACAAGGCACACUCCCCUGUUGUUCAAUCCAGCGAAGGAUAUUUACUCGUACCUUAAUCAGAUAAAUAGUAAGAAGCAGGUGAAUUUUAAAAAUAUAUAUGAUAAUUUGAUGAUUAUUAUUAGAUACAAGGAGGGGAGUAAUUUUUAUGACAAUUUGUUGCAGAGUAGGAGGAUAGCGGGGGGGUUGUGGCGUGAGGUGGAUUCUCCAAGUGGGGAGGGGGUGAACAAAGGAGCUAGUCGAUCUGCCAAACGGGUAACCGAGAGGGUAGUCGUCGAUGGGGAUUUGUCUAGUGGGAUGAACUCAAAAGAGUUGAAUGCUUUUUUGCUGUUUAUUGAGCGUGGGGAGGAGGCAAUCGAUGGGAUAUCUACCGGUGAAGAGACUAUCGGUGGGACCUCCCCAACUCGUGGAGAUGUGCAUUCCUUUUACCGAAAUGUCAAUCUGAGUGAAUUCACCCCCGCGGCGGUUAACAUGAAGGACCAAAUCCACGAUCAGCUGAAAUUGUUAAAGAAGAAGUACACAGAGAAGCUAAAGAACGAGGCAACGUGUGUCCUGGCCUUCCUCUACCUAAUAGGAAUAAAUAACAACGAGGGGAAGUUACAGCUACCGUAUGGGUUCCCCCGAAACAUUGACCACUCAGUUAAGUUGAUAAGAAGGGGAAAAGAUGGGUUGUGUAAUUUUUUAAGCGGUAUACUCUACCAUGUGAAUCUACCAAUAUUUGUGAAUAAUUCAUCUAUAUCGAUAACAACAGAGAUGAGUGAAGACUUAAUAGAUUCAAAUGACAACUCGUUGAAUAGCUUUUUUUAUAUAUACUAUAGAAAUAAUGGAAAAAUAAGAAAUCACGAUUUUUUAUCAAAUGAAAAUAGGAUCAUUCCAAAAUCUGUGGAUAAUAUGAAAUCCAAAAUUGUAUCCUAUGCCUUGGGUUCAACAAAGGAUGAUUUUUACAGUAAGCUUGCCUUCACUAAUAAUAUGAUCAGAUUGAAAUACAAGAACAAGGAUAGUAAUAUUUAUUUAAAGGAUUAUUUUGAUUUUACAUUUGAUAAAAAGAUAUACAAAAAUUCUGUAAUUAGGAAUAAUAUUUCUCCAUUUUUAAGUUCCUGUGAUUAUUUGUUGAGUAACAUACUAGGGGCAGUAGUCGAUUCGUUGAAAAAUACGUCCGCUAUUGAAAGUGGGGUGUAUGAAGAAAAUAUCAGCGAGAAGCAUAGACAUUUGAUUCAUAACACAGUUGACAAUAAUAAGAGUUUGUUUGAGUAUUUUUUAAAACUAGCUGAUAGUAGAAAUUCUUAUGCUCUUGCAGCUUUGGGGGAGAUUUACUACUUAGGGAAUGAGAGCAUAGGUAUUGAACGUGAUGAAGCGAAAGCUUUUGAGUUUUGGAAGAAGGCGGCAGAUCAGGGAGAUAGCACUUCUGCUUUGUCCACUGGGUAUGCCUACCUCGAUGAGUAUAAGAAGCAUUUGCGGAAGGAGGAAAUUGUUAAAACGAUGAGUAAGGAGGACGUGCUGAAUAUGAUUAGGGAGGAGAAGGGUAGCGGUGCUGGGGGAGGGGCGAAGAAGGGUAGCGGUGCGGGGAAGGAUAGCGGUGCUGGGAAGGAUAGCGGUGCUGGGGAAGGGGCGAAGAAGGGCAGCGGUGCGGGGAAGGAUAGCGGUGGGGGCUACUUCUCCUUCGCGUCGGGGGGGGCAACUGCGGGGCUGCACACUUCGGCAGGGCAACCCUCCGGACAACAGAAUGGCAGGGGCUCUUCCCCGGAGGGGGGUUCUCCCGUUGGGGCCCCUAAUUUUAUGGGCGCUUCCGGCGCGGCCGCGAGUUUUCCCAGCGCCUUGUAUGGCGGCGGGUCCGCCGGGCCACUCGCUCCGUCCGCUCCGUCCGCUCAAUCUGCUGCAUCUGCUCCGCCCGCUCCGUCUGCUCAAUCAGCCCCGUCCACCCCACCCUCUCCGUCCACUCCAUCCGCUGAACCCGCACAACCCGCGGGGGGCCAAGCGGGCAUACCCCUUGGGGGUGGCGAACAGAGGCAGGAUAGCGCAGAGAAUACGGCCAAUGCAUCGAGCAGCGAAAGCGACGAUAUCAUCAAGAAAUACAUGCAGGAGCUGAGCGAGGAGAGAAAUAAAGCCCUCAAAAACGCAGAGCAGUAUUUCCAGAAGGCCAUUCGAAACAACGAAGAGAGUGUAGAACACUUUUUGGCAAAGUACAAUAUAUAUAAGUUCGGAUUGGGAACAGAAAAAAACGUGGAGCUAGCUGGAGAGUAUUUAAAAAAAGCGGCAAAUAAGGGAGAUAGCAUUUCACAGAUGAUGUUGGGACAUUACUACUCGGGAACGGACAUCGGUGUUAAGAUAAAGGAUUAUGAUGAGAAGAACAAAAUCGAGAAUUUAAAAAAAUCCUAUAAGUAUUAUAGCAUGUCAGCAAAAAAUGGAAAUAUAAUUUCGCUGUACAAUAAGAGCAUCCUAAUUCUGAAAGGGGUAAACCCAAACUUGAAGACUUUUAAUGAAAAAUGUGAAAAAACGUUGAAAAAAUUUCACUUUAUUGGACUGUUUAAUGAGCGUUUAUAUGUGUUGACUAAGUUACUGAGGAGGAACUACGAUUUUAGGGACUACACAGGUUCGCUUCUUGUUUCUGUUAUUCUUUCCGAGCUGGGCGAUCACCCCAAUAAUGUAAAUGCAUCUAUGCUGUGGGACUUGAAACGGAAAACGAUGCAGACGUUCACGGAGAAGUACAACCUGGUCGAGGGUCUUUUGGCGAACCUCCUCAAGAAGGCCAUCCGGGAGGAGAGCGUCACUGACAUGCUCAUAAAGGGUGGACGUGGUGUGGGUGGCAACCGAGUAGCUAACCCAGUGGAUCGAAUAAUCCACAGACUGUACAAGAAAGAAAAGGGGGGAAAGUACUCCCUACAGAUGAAAUCCCAACUCAGCGGGGACUCCAUUUUGAAAAGUUGCGCGAUGGUUACAUGGAACAUGUUCGAGAGGAAGAGCGUGCUUUUUAAUUUGAAGUUUUGUUCCUAUUUGAGAGACGAGUUGCUGCACAGAAGCAGUGGGGCCAACAGAGAGGAGAGCAGCGGUGGGGCCAACAAAGAGGAGAGCAGUGGUGGGACCAACAAAGAGGAGAGCAGUGGUGGGGCCAACAGAGAGGAGAGAAGUAGCCGAGCCAACGAAGAGGAGAGCAGCAGUCAGGCUGGGAAGACCCACCGAAACGUGUACAAUUACGACGUGUACGAGCUAAGCCAAACACACAGACAAAUCGAUCUCUUCGAAAGGUACGACCAAAUCGUAAAGAGUGAGAUGAAAAAGGGUGGAACAUCCCGAGAGAAAAUUCAAAAAGCUGAAAAGAUGAAGGGGACCAUUCUGGAGCAUUUCCGAACUAGUGAGUUCCUACAUUGUUAUUAUAAGCCCAUUUCGUAUUAUCAAAUUAAGUUGGAGGAGGAGAAAAAGCAAAGUCUGAAAAGGAACGCCCAACAGGAGGAGAGCAGCCUUGUAGGGAGAAGUAGCAGCUACUUGGGAUACACCCCUGGGAAAAACAAAAACGAACAAGUGACGGAUUUAUACGAAACAGAGUUCGCUAGGUAUUCUCCCCUUUUAGAAGGUGAAGACAUGAAAGAAAUUUUUUAUUACCAAAACACUUAUUCAUCUAGCAUGUUUGAGGAAAUACAAAGCUUCUCAAAAAAUUGCGACAUCUGCAAACAGUACUACGAUAUCUAUUCAGCCUACUAUGGUUAUAAAAAAUCUACCAUAGAUUUGAUUAAGAAAUAUCGAGAAGGGGAUGAGUUCACCAUAAAGAGUAAGAGAAAGGAGCUCCAAUUUUUGAUUAGGAACUCGGAUGAAGAAGACCAUGAGCCUUUGUAUUACAAGGCACUAUUUUUGGAAUCCAACAAAUUGGAGAGCUUGAAAAAUAUUUUACAGAUUUAUUUGAAGCUAGCUACGGACAAUCACAACGCUUGCAAUGUGAUUGGUGUUCUGGGCAUCUUUAAAAUUUUGUUCAAGAAGGUCUUCUUCGACGUCAGUUAUUUCUUCAGCAGGAAGAAGGCGCAGCUUAUUAGCGCGAUUCGCGGGGAGAGCACCAUUAGCGGGAUCCUUGGCAUUAACUGGAUUAGCGGCGGGAGUAGCGGCUGGAGUAGCGGCUGGAUUAGCGGCGGGAGCAGCGGCGGGAGUGACGAACGUGGGGAACUUCCAAAACACGGCGAACUUCCAAAACACGGCGAACUUCCAAAACACGGCGAACUUCCAAAACACGGCGAACGUGACAGUGCUGCCCCUGAGCCACCAGCCAACUCGCUCCAGAAGUAUAUUUUUUCAGACCUGAAUUCCUGCGCGCUGCAAAAUAACUUCCUUUUCAAGUCCGAGUUCCACAACAAAUGCUUAAAUUUCGACCAUUUGCUGAGCAGCAACCACGCGUAUUCGCAGAUCAGCUACCGCGAUUUUUUCAAUGUCUUCUACACCUUCGUGGCCUCCUUUUUUAAAGUAGCAUAG